UGAAAAUCUGGACGCCUCGGUUCAGGGAGGGCCGGAGGAAGGAGGAGAAGCAAAAGGGAAACGAAGGUCACUUCUUAAGUCUGACGUUUGGAACCAAAGCCUACUUCAACCGCGAUCGCGGAGCCAGGAUUUUGAAAAUUCAGACUGGGAUCUCCGGCGAAUACGGCACCCGUUUGCCGCCUAUCCCGGGGCGGCGAAUUUCCUGACGGAGAGGUUGCGGAGAGCUCCGGCCAUUUUACGGCCUUGUGCGUCGCUCCGUUGGGGUAAGCUGAAGGGUAGGGAUCGAAUUUAGGGUUAGGUCCUUUGUUGCCCGAUAUCCCUCCCGUCGGCUCUUUCAUGGAGGUCAGAAAUGUUCCGGACAAUUCGGUUACGGCUGCUCCCGCGUCCUCCAAGCAGCUUAAGCCCUCACCGAACCUCGUCGAUAGCAGCUCCGUUUCCCAGAGAUUGCAGAAGGAAUUGAUGGCUUUGAUGAUGAGCGGAGAUCCUGGAAUAUCAGCAUUCCCUGAUGGUGAAAACAUCUUCUCCUGGAUUGGAACCAUAAAUGGAAGCAAGGGAACUGCCUAUGAUGGCUUGUCCUACAAGCUUUCUCUUCGGUUUCCUAUGGACUAUCCCUUUAAGCCGCCACAAGUUAAAUUUGAGACUAUGUGUUUUCAUCCAAAUGUUGAUCAAUACGGCAAUAUAUGCCUUGAUAUACUACAGGACAAGUGGUCUUCUGCAUAUGACUGCAGAACCGUUCUUCUGUCCAUUCAGAGCCUGCUGGGAGAGCCCAACAACGAGAGCCCUCUCAACAGCUAUGCUGCUACUUUGUGGAAUAACCAAGAAGACUACAGAAAGGUGGUUCUCAAGCAAUACACAGAUGGUGGGGGUGUUACUGAAAGCUGAAAAUUAGGUUUUCUUUUAGGUCUUCAAAGCAUAUCCAUGAGAUGAUCUGUGACUGCUCCGGUAACUGAUUUCUCAGGAAGCUCUUGGGUUGCAUUCUGGCCCUGGCCAAUUUGAAGAUAUCAAAAUCCUGGUUUUUGUGUAUCAUUGUGAAACAAUUGUGAUCUGGACCCCUGUAGACCGAGUCACUUAAUUCCGCCUUUGACCAAUACAUAAGCCUUAUCUGA